AUGCCGCCCACCAGUCCCAACGACGGUGUCUCCAUGUCCGAGCUCAGCUUCAUCAACUACGACGCCUACUCUGAACUCGACCCCGACCUCAGCCUCGACGGGUCUGCUGAUUUCCUCGACCUGAUCCAGUCGAACCCCGAUCUCUCCCAGCCCAAGGCCCAGCCCGUCCUGCAGUCUACACCCGGCCAUAUCCCCUCCGCCCCCUCACCCACCGCCUCCGACCAAGAUUCCGCCUCCGACUCAUCCACCACACACAGGACCGACAGCUCCACCCUGUCAGCGGCAGCUAUGAACGGCGGCGAUGUCGACAUGGCCGGCAUGUGGGACCAGCUCGACUCACAGCCAAGGCUGGACUGGGAGGACCACGGCGACUUCGUCGAUAUCGACCACAUGCCUUCCAUCUUCGACAACGCCAACGGCACCAUCAACCCCGCCGCUCUUGACCAGUCUCCAUACGGCGAGCACAUAGACAUCGGCGACGCGCAGUUUGCUCGCAGGCACGACUCCUCCAGCCCAUCAGACAGUAGCCAGAGCCCCGUGGCUGCCAACGCCUCGGACGAGUCUCCCCCAGAGGAUACCGAGAAUCAUAACGUCUUCUCUUUCAAGGGUUCUCCACAAUCCGUACAGUCUCCCUACUCCUACCGUAACAAGCGUCACUCUAACUAUUCCCUGAGCAAGUCCAUGAACGGCCUACGCACCGCCGGCUCCAGAGAAGUGUCGCCAGCCUCACACAUGGUAUUCAGCCAAGGGUCCUCGCCGUCUGCGGUACCGAACUUCGCUCCUGUUGAAAAUGAGAUGACCGACUUCAGUGGCCUCCCGUCAGGCAGCACAUGGUUCGGUGCGACCUCACUAUCACCAAACAACACGGCGACCGGGUCGAUGGACUUCGCAGCGGCCGCACCAAACGCUGGUAAUAUGGGCUUUUCGAUGAUGCAGCAGCCUUCUUUUGCACCGCAAAGGCCCCAGUUGACCAUCCACUCGAUCCCUCCCAAAUCUCGCGUGGAAACCCAGAUUCCCAUCAAGAUGACGCUGUAUCCUGUGCCAGCGGGCGUCAAGAAGAUACAUCUCCCGCCGCACACUAUAUCGAAGCCCAAGCUGCUGGCAAAACCCAGGCCCGCACCCGCACCAGACACGCUCGAGCUCUUCACCCAGCUCGUCUGUACCAGCGCCAUGGCCAAACCUGGGCUGAAGGACAAGGCAUUAGCUCGUGCUGCGGUUUCCGGACAUCCCGUGGAAGUGAGGGCUGAGCCAGAGGGUGAUGACAAGCCUGAAAAUGGCGGUGAGGUGCACAUUUGCCCUGGCUGUGUCACGCGAGAGCACAAGCGUGCCAAUCGCAAGAAGGUCAAGAAGCCAGAGGAGGAGGAGAACUGGAAGAAGGACGAGACGAAGAGAGUCAUUGUUUUCAACACUCAGGAGGUCAAGGAAUGGCAGCAGCCCCCUCCGGAAGAGAUCAGGCCCUCCGGAACCCUGCAGAUUGAGGCGCCGAUGCGGAUUGCUUGCUACUGUCGUCACCACCACGAGAAACUCGGGUUCCAGGUUAUCUUCACGCUCAAGGAUCACCUCGGUCAGGUUGUCACUCAGGGCCUGUCCCCCUCGAUCAUGAUUACAGACGAUCACAAAACACAGCCGCCCCCAAACCCUAUCAACUCGAUCGUCGCGAGUGAUGCCACCGAUCCGUCAGCCGCCGCAGUGGCUCCCACAGCGUCGAGCGGCAUUAAUGACAUGAACGCCAUCCAACCUGGGCACCCAUUCCGCCAGUCGCAGUCGACAUCCGAUAUACAGGCUCUGAAGCGCAGUGCUAAUGCUCUGCAACCUCCGCCGAUCCAUUCCGGCACCUCAUCUCAACGCACCUCUGCCGUGCCGACCCCGCGAGUCCUUUCGAGACCGCCUUCACCUAGUCAAUUAGGCCCGUCCGCAAAGAAGAGGAAGUCAAGCGGCGCUAAGCUGCCCACGACCCUCCACAUGACCCGUCUCGAGACGGCGAACUUUGCUCCACAACCACCGAACGGUCUGCAGAACGGGCAGCCAGGACCCUCGUCCUCGACGUCUCCUUUUACGCCACCAAGUACGAUUUCCUAUUCCGACGGUGGCGGCGAUGGCAGCUUCAUCCCGAACGCUACGGCUCCGAACGCACCAUUCCCGGUGGGACCACCCACUCCGAACAGCAGUGAACAGGUCGUCUUUCCGGAUGCCAAUGGCUCCUCGGCUUCUGAUAGCUUGACAGCCACGCCGAUGUUCUCUGCCCCUCCUUCGGCACAUACCAGCAGACCGCCGAGUCCAAGCGGGCUGAGGAACGGUGGGCUGCAACAGCCGCAGCUCAGCCAAGUCGGCCAAAUGUUGGCCCAUGGCAUUCCCGUACCUGCUCCAUUUCCAAACACCAAUCAGCUGAGACAGCCGAUGCCCAUGUCUGUGAUCCACAAAGUCAUUCCCAACGAGGGCCCGACGACCGGCGGAAUCGAGGUUACUAUACUCGGCUCCGGUUUCUACCAAGGGUUGGACGUCAUGUUUGGAGACACGAAGGCCACUACAACUACGUUCUGGGGCGAGCAGGCUCUUCACUGUCUCUUGCCACCCUACCAUGUGGCCGGAACAGUACCUGUUAGCCUCAGGGGCCCCAAUGGCCAACCUCAGCUCCUACCGUCCCUGCAAAACAGGCCGCAGGCCACCUUCACGUACAAGGACGAUAGCGAAAACCACCUGCUUCGCCUUGCCCUGAAUGUGCUUUCAAACAAACUGACGGGGAAUACCAAUGAGCUACGGGGCUUCGUCAGUCGGAUCAUUGACAACUCAAACUCUCCUGGUCUGAACGGCAACAGCUUCAACGGUGGUCCCUCGGGCUACAACAUGAACCUGGAGACGAAAUUGCUGCACGUACUCGAUCUCCUGGACAUGGAUGACAGCACUAACAGGGCUCGCCUUAACCUCCGCCGGAAGACUGGGCACACGAUGCUACACUUGUCAUGCGUCCUUGGACUCCAUCGGUUCACCGCAGGUCUGCUGGUGAGAGGCGCCAACCCCAACAUACAGGACGCUGGAGGCUACACCCCAUUGCACUACGCCGCAAUGCACAACCACCCCGAGCUGGUCAGGCGGCUCAUCCAGCACAAGGCGGACCCUGCGCUCAAGACACGGCAGAAUCUGCUCGCUUCUGAUGUUGCCACGACACGGGACGUUAUCCGCGCCAUCAAGCGUGCAGGAAGAAGAGGCAGCACGAUCCACAGCCGUGCCAACAGCGCCACAUCACUGCGCUCCUUCUGGGAGCCUCCUCGCGCGUAUCCUCCAUCCGAUGAGUUCUCAAGCAGUGAAAUGUCCGAGUCAGAAGACACUGCGGCCUACAGCUCGGAUGAAGACUACGAGGAAGACACAUGGCUGCAAAUGAAGCGGAGGUCCUCGCGGGGCAACAUGGGUCCGAGUGCGAGACCGUCCGUCAUUGAUAUACCAAAUACUCCCGAGCAGGGGGGCUUGGCGUCCCCGGCGGUUGCCAUGGCGGCUUUCAGAGACCAGCUCCAACAGCUUCAACAGUCCAUGACGACACAUUUCCACAACCUCCCACACCUGCCGCAGAUGCCUAACAUGAUGGCGAUGCCGGACUACCAAGCUUACAGGCAGCGCAUGACAGCACUUCUGCCGAAUAUUGUAGGCCCACGCCCUGUUGCGCCAGGGGAGGAGAACCGAUGGUGGGACUUGUCUUCCCUGAUGCCGUCUUCGGUCCUACCACCUGCGUACGAUGAGAUCUUCCCUGGUGGACAACAAGACAGGAAGAUCUCCCCAGACGAAUUGGACAGCAAACAAGAAUCUGCUGCGCGGGCCGCCGCCGACUAUGAUGCAGACAGGAAGUGCGCAGCGCUGUACGAUCAGCCGGAGGCAUCGACAGCACACCAGCAGGUGGACGAGCCACACGUGGAGGAGAUGCAGACGGCAAAACAGUUACCGAAACUUUUACAGAUUGGCCGCAAGAACAACAUCACGAAGGAACAACAGGACAACCUCCGCCAGGCACAUGCGCAAAACAUGAAGAAGCUGAGCAGAGACCGGAACCUAUUCUUCGUUUGGAUACCGCUGCUGCUAAUUAUCUCCUGUGCGAUGUUGUACAGUCACUUCCCCGGUAUUUUCACCGCUGCCUGGAGUUUUGUGUCUCCGGCACAGAAGCCACAUACCGCACCGAGGGCUGGUGGUUUCGUUCUUGGCGAGGUCUAG